UGCGGUGCGGUGGGGAGGGGAGGCGGCUGCGGGAAGAAGAUGGCGAGCGGAGAGGAGGCUGCGUACGCCCCCGUUUGCGUUUCCUCCAGCGCCGCCGCCGCCUCCUCCUCGCUCGGCCUGGAGGCCUUGUUCCCGGGCGCCGGAGCCGAGCCGGCGAGCUACGACGCGGGGAACCCGGAGCUGCUCCGUCUGCGGGAGCGGCUGCAGGGCUGGCUGAGGCCGUACGAGGCCGCCGUGCUGUGGGCGCAGGGGCUGCUCGUGUGGGAGAGGCCGCUGCACAGCGUCCUGGCCGCGUCGGCACUGCACGCCGUUUUCUGGCUGCUGUCGUCGACGCCCCUGAGGCCUCUGUUCCUGCUCAGCCUGUGCCUCUUUGCGCUCCUGCUGCUGGACCUCUGGAGGCAGCGGCUGCCCGCCAUCAGCGGUGCUGUCCAGCAUCCCGACACCGCCGCCACCGAAAGGGAGAGCAUCAUGGUACGCCCCAGGCUCCUCAGUAUUCCAGAGCUGAGCCACCACCUUGCUGAGAGCUACCUCACCUGUAGCCUCUACGUGCAGGAGAUGCUGCAGUACAAACGGCUGAACCAUGGCAAGUUCUGCGCCCUGGUGUGUGCAGCGUGCCUGGUACUGGCUGUAGUGGGACAUUACAUACCUGGAGUCAUGAUCUCUUACAUCAUAUUGCUGAGCGUGCUGCUGUGGCCGCUGGUGGUGUAUCACGAGCUCAUUCAGAAGAUGUACACCGGCCUGGAGCCCAUCUUGAUGAAACUGGACUACAGCAUGAAAGGGGGCACGCAGCACCGCAAGCAUGACAAGAAGAAGGUGAAGAAGGACGGGGAGGAGGGCGACGAGUCCCGGGUGGAGACCGAGAGCGAAAGCGAAGAGGAGCUGUCGUGCUUCGCCCCUACGGUUGAUGUGAAGACCACAGCUUUGGCCAUGGCCAUCACUGACUCGGAGCUCUCCGAUGAGGAGGCCUCUAUCCUGGAGAGUGGGGGGUUCUCUGUGUCCAGAGCCACCACACCCCAGCUCACAGAUGUCUCUGAAGACUUGGACCGGCAGAGCAUCAACAGUGAACCGGAAGAGACCUUCUCACGAGGCCUUCAGGAAUUUCCUUCCAUUGACGAGUUCUCCUCCGUCGGACACGGCCUGCCCCAGUUCUUCACAACCUUGUCAGGGCUUAGAGAAGGGACUACCUCGGAACAUCAGGAAGCAGAGCCACAGAACCCCGCUAGUCUUCUGAUCCAGCACUUGGCAUCCCCUCUGCACUUCGUUAACACGCACUUCAGUGGACAGGGACAGCCGGUAGGGGGUAGUCUGGAGGUAUCUGACGUUGCAAAGGACGAGUCUUCCCCAGCCUCUGCCCUUUCCUUGGAGGCCCUGAGCAAAGAAAUUGUCAGCACAGCCAUCUCCACUGUGGUGCAGAACACUUUGACAGCCCUGCUGCGAUCCAGCGAGGCCGGUGAGGGCCCCUCCAUUGACGAGUUCCUACCGACCAAGACCUCCUCCACCACCCUGCAUAGCAUUCUGUCCCCAGACAUGGAGCCGGAGGACGAGGAUUCUACCACGAUGAUGACGCACCCCGUUGAAGCAUCUGCCCCUGCUGAGGAAGAGGACUUUGAGCUGCUGGACCAAAGUGAGCUAGAACAGAUGGAUAUAGAGCUGGGAUUACUAUCUGAGGGUCAGGAGUCCCAUACAGCUGAGGCAUCUGAUCCCAGCCCCCAUACCCAGCAGUCCUAGCUUCCUCACCACUUGUGCUUAAUCAUUUGUUUUAUUUAUAUUCCAUAUAGCUAUGAAGUCUCCCAACAUACACACUUCUCAGGAGUGUUUGGGUCCUGUUGCAGGGGACUUCGGUCAGUUGUUCCUGCUUUGUGGUGAAAGAACAGCGUAGGAUCCUGGGUGAGUCCUAAUCCAGCCAGCGUCUGUAUAGUGUAAAUGUGGCGAUUGAAGGUAGCGUUAGAUGCGGCUUUUAAAUGUUUCUGACCAGGGGAACAAGCCACCAGAGGUGAGUUUAUAAUUUCAGUGUAGAAUUGAUUGAAACAUGGCAAGAAUGCAAAGUGUGCGUUGCAUUUAAAAAGUAAUGACGGUAUUUUGACAAGUGAGUCGAGCUGAACAGUCUUUUUUGCCAUGGGCUCUUUUUAAAUGGCUCUUGAAUAGAGCGUAAUGUUGAACAGAAAGGGAACCGCGACAUAAUGUGCAGUGAUUUGGCAUGAAGGUGUUGCGCGGUAACCAGUCAGCAGCCUCGUGUCCUGUCGACAUUACCAGCAACACAUGGUACAGCUUUGGACAACGCAGGAAGUAAAUGGCUCAGAGUCAUUUAACAAAUCAUGUGAAAACGUUGAGUACAAAUUUUCAAAUUAUGAACUAAGACUUUCAGCUUCGUUAAGUUUUUUUUUUUU